CAUUCCAUAGUCCAUUCCUUCAUAACGUCAAAAGCAUGAAUUAGCCGUUGCUUCCCAAAUCCCAAUCAAAGAAUCCUAUGGCAGCACUCUAGUUCUCCUUCAAAAAAUCCCACCUUUGACACUGUAAAUCUUCAAUCUGAUCUUUUCCACAGUCAAAAAUGGCAGAUUUUGGGUUCUUAUCUGAUACAGACGAAUCGGCGGUAGAAGAACUCAUCUCACAAGCACAAGAUCUCUGCGUUCUCGAGCAAAUCUCUGCUAUCAAUUGCUCUUCCUUCACCGACUCUGUUCUUCCCACCGAUUUAGAGUCUCGAUUCCGACGGCUGAAAUCCUUUCCUGUUGCUAAACCUGGCCUCAAAUCGUCAGAAAACACGAGUAACAGCAAGGCUCUGCAUCACUCAAAGAGCGAGCUUGGCAAAUCGGAGUAUUUUGGUGCUGGGGGAAACAUAAAUUUCUCUCCUUCCAAACAGGGGCCAUGUGGGAAUACAGCUUUGGAGAAAAAAUCAGAGAAGGACAAAACACAGUCUAGCUCCUUCUCUGAUGAGGAAGGUGUAAUUUCCCCGGAUUACAAGCAAAACCCAGUUGGUGAAAAGGGUUUGAAGGGGAAAAAUAAGCAUGGGUCUCUUUCUUCUCCCUCAAAUUCUUCUGAUUCUUGUCUAGAGGAUGCGGUUUUCUCGCCUCCCAAACAAAACCCAAAAGAGAGAGAUCGGUCUGGAUCGAAAAGGAAACCCAAAUCUAGGUCAAUUUCUUCUCCAGUGGGUUCUUCAUCUAAUUCGAGGCCUGACUCGCCUUCUCCGCCUCGUAAAAGUGGCUGCUUUUGGUGUUCUCCAAAGAAGGUUUCUUCUAAGAAAAAGAGUAAGGAAACCAAAGAGCUCGGCAGUGACCUCGACUGGGAAAAAUGCGAUGAAUUUCUAUCGGAUAUGAGUGCUUUUUCAGUGCAAGAACAGCGAAAGAUACUGAAGAAAGCAUUGAAGGAGCAGCAGAAGCUUAGCCGGGAAGCAGCAAAGAUGGUAAAAUUGGCAAAGCAGGCAUCUUCAAGGAUGAGUUUUCAUGCCAUUGGAGAUGAGUUAAGUGAUGACGACAAUGGAAAAUAAGUUGGGUAAUUUUGGAUUUUUUUCUAUAUCCUCAAAUUAUAUGCAAGUAUAAAGAGCCUUAGUUUUGGGAAUAAUACUACCAUUUGUUCUUUUAUUUCCAUGUUACAUAUAUGCUAAGAUUGUUUUCUUGGUUGCUAUGUGAAUCAAUAUAAUUUUUUGCUGGGAGAUUUAUUGAGUGAAUUUUAGUUUGUCUAUGUUACCAAAGCUUCAAAUGCAUCCAGAUAUGCAUAGUUUUACACUGAUUUCUUUCAAAUAUCAAGCAGUUAUUACACUGAUUUUUCUCAGUAUCUAUUUCUUUGUAGGUCUGGAUUGCAAAAAAGGAUCAUUGCAUUGGGGGAAAGCCCCACAUUCAAGGGGCCUCAGCCUAUCCAAUGAUUAAUUUUAUGCAGUUCAGCAAAGGUCAGACUGCACAAAACAUUUCUGUUCUUUACGUCAGUUUGGUGAAACCAUUUCUUUUGUUGAAUUUUUGUUUCAUUUAGAUAUUCAUUGUAAUCUUUCUAAGUCUUCUCCUUGCAUAGAGUAAAGUGCUUAGUUUGCUUAUCAUGACAUAGCUCAAUUUGUCUGUUAAAAUCUUAUCAACAUGGAUCAGAAUUUCAUCUGAGAAGUCCAUGUAUGGAGUAUUUUGGUGUUUUAUUUUGAAACACAGAAUCCGAUAGCUUUCUGUUUCUUUUUUGCAUGUUCUGUUUCUCUGUUCAAAUCGUGGAUUGCAUUAAAGCGCACUUAAUUCU